CUAUUGGGUCAAUUUUUAUAAAUAUUACCUUUUCCCUGCAGCGUGGCGACUGUAGUGGCGUUGAUGGUACCUAGGUCAUUAUGAUCUACGGUAGAUCGCCUAUAAUAGAUACCGGUACCAGCAUUAACAUAUAGGUAGAUGUAAGAUGUUGUGAAUAAAAUUUUGAACUACCUAGAUCAGGCCUCACUGCCUCAGAGGCUCAGCCCUCAGGGAAAUUAAAAUGAAAUGGUUUCUAAAAAAUCUCUCAUUUGUCAAUUCUUGCUAGUUGCUACCUAUGUGUGAAAGCCACAAAAAUAUGGAUGAAAUAAAAUUGUAAACGCUUGCAGUCUGUUUCACCUGUUUUAUGGCCUAAGCCUAUUUUAUUUUAUGAUCAAUAAUAUCAUUUUGCCUAUGGUUUUAAAAUUUUUGUAAAUUGCCUAUGAAACCUGAAACAAUAGUCAGUACGUUUUUAUAUAUAAUUAGCAAAAAAUUCUACUCAACAAUUCUACUUGAGAAAUUGACCUCUUGUCAAAGUUCAAACUUUUCAUUAAGGCUGAUCAAGCCAUUAUGACCCUUAAUGGCUUAAUAGGCAUCUAUGUUUAGUCCAUGGUGCUAUUUAUAUAUUUAUAGAUGAUUUUUUUGGUCCUAUUGCCAAUGAUUGAUCAAAAUCACAUGGAUUGAUAUAUUCUGGCACUAUGCCCUUGUUUUGGAAAUUUCACUCAUUCAAUCAUUAGACACAGACCAAACGCCAGCAUUGCUAGAGCACAUAGUCUGAAAGAGAAAAAAAACCUGAGAGAACAUCCAUGAAAGUGAUGAAACUCAAGUCCUCCUAAUUAUUUUGAAGAAGAAACAAUUGGGAGCAACAUGGCGGAUGAUGAAGGCCCUCGUCGUCUGCCACCUCAGCCAAGUGCUCUCCAGGUCAGCAUUCCGCAGCCAGUGGUGCCAGAGGUUACCCUCCUGUGGGAAGGAGAGGAUAGCAUCUACUGGAAACCCAACACCCCAGGAAGCAAAUCUGCACAGCAUCCAGCAGACCACACCAAGUUACCUCUGCUAGUCCCUCACUCACAUUCUACUGCUACUAUCGCCAAUCGACCUCAGUUUGCUGCUUCAAUAAAUCAACGACCUCCUCCAGUCCAGGCAACUGCAACAGUUGUUCAGGCAAAUUCGAGAAACAACCAACAACCUGAGGCCUUCAAUGAUAUAGGAGCUAAUCAACAACACCUGGUUACAGCUCCCCAAACCUUGGAGCAUCAAAUGCCAAUCCAAGUACAACAACCCGUUAGGAGCUGUCUACCUGUUACAUCAAGACCUAUGGGCAUUUACUCAACCGCUGGCCAGGAAAAUGUGCAUGUUUCCAAUGCCGUAUCCUCGUCAUACAACUGUUCUGUCAACUCGGCUGUGGGUGGUACGGGUUUUUCAGUGGGCAAUACUUCAAAAAGAGACAAUGAUCCGAAUUCUAUAGCCUGUGGAGUUUUGUUUGGCAAAAAUUCCAACCCCACAGUCCUGCAUUCUUUAGAGUCUGAUAAAAAGAUGGAUUGCAUGAACGGUGCCACUGGACCGCGACUUCCUGAACGUCUAGGUAAUCAAAUUUAUAAUCCGGAACGUUGCAAGGCACCGCCCAUCCAGCAAAGCAGUCUUCAAGCUGAAAAUCAACAAAUGCAUGCUCACGACCUACAUUUUCAGAAUUCUAAAUUCAAGGAAACUACAGAGAAAACUGCUGUUUAUAAUCCUCUUCUGUAUAGUUCGGAAAAGAAACCUUUACAGGAAAGAAAUAUUUAUUGUUACAAAGUUAGUGACUCGACUCCAGUGGCAGCACGCGCUGGGCCUAGAACAAUCGUGCCAAGAGCUGUAGAUUUUGAUGCUUCCCCCGUCGAAAGCCAAAACUCCUGGAGGUCAAACCAAGAAAACUGCACUCCUGAGUACAGGUACAACUAUUCCAAAAACUCCACUGCCCAACAAGGAAGAAAUAAUGAGUACGAAAUUAUCCCAUAUCGAGGCCGUACAGAACUGUCACCUAUGGCGGUCAACAGUCCUGACCCAUUCCUCCAAAAAAUCAUCGAAGGUAAAGAUCAGCAAAUUUUUCAGCUGCACAAAGUUUUAGAAACGAUUUUGUCGAAGAAUGAGACGCGUGAUCGCAUCUACAGUCAAAAUUCUUCUGUGUCACUUUCACCCAAAUCUCUUGUGUACCGAGAAAUUUCAACACAAACUGAAUGUAGUUUUGAAAAAGGUCGACAGUACUGUGAUGUGGCAACAAAUACUGAUAUUGAACUAUCAGAUAUGCUGCAGUUGCUCCACAACAGCCAGUAUCUGAAGAGAGAAGACCAUUUAAGAGGUGAAGACAGACCUUCAACAAUCUUGAAAAACUCAACUUCUGCUAAAUCAAUGUUGAUGCACAAAAGUUCCAAUAUUUCAUCAGUACGGUUUGACACUGACACCGAUCGCAUUAGGGACAAUGCACGUACGGUAACAACCACCAAAACACAUCAAGUUAAUGUACUUCAGGAGCAAGCAAUUAACCGCAAUGAAUUAAAAAACGAUGUAAGACUCCAGCAGGCCAGUGAAAAGGGAAACUCUUCCCCGAAAUAUACUCACUCGAAUUCUAAAACAGAUUCUGAAUGUCCUGAACGAGGAGCGCCUCGCGCAAGAAACAAUGGCAACAGUUGUGCUUACAAUGGCAAUAACCACCGGGAGGUGUCGCUUACUCUGAGGGAAGUCGUGCUUACAACAAUAGAGGAGGACCCAGGCAGUCCGCAAGAGAGCCUCCAUCUCGAUCUGUCCGACUACCCCGGUGACACAAUUCUGCCUCCAGCACACAACAACCCAGAACUUCGUAGGCCGGGCGGAGCGAGGGCAGCCUGGGACUGCAGGCCUGAGGGCAAGAUUGCCAUGACGGCUCGACGAGCGGAACAAAUUGUGAACGCUGUCACGCCUCACAAGUUUGCGGGCGCUCCAAACCGCGGCUGCUACAACGGACCUGACGCUCCCUUGCGCCGCGACCACGCAGCGCUCAAGUCGGCGUCUCCUGCAGCAGAGUGCAGGGAUACCUCAGACGCUCCUCAGUGUGGCAAACCUAAAACUGGCGUAACAAUCUACCGCAACGUCAUGAACAACAUAGAGCAGCUGCUUGGUAAUGAGCCAGCACCUCAGGUCGACCACGCCCGGCAACAGGAUCAUCGGGCGCUGGAGGCAGCCCGCGAUACGCAAGUACUUAGUCUGGAGCAGCAGCUGCAACAUUUUGGCCUGAGCUUCUUGGAGCCUCGGCAUCAGAAUAGGAGUUCACCUGCUGGCCACCGGUCCUCAGGACCGACUGGCGUGGGAUCGUUGCUCUCCCUCUACAGAGCCAACGCUGUGGGAUCAUUGCCCUCAGACGAUGCCUGUACCGCCGCCCCUCGCGAGUUUUCUGUGGCGACUGAAGAGUUCCUCCGCCGGAACGGACUGCUGCAGUCGUAACGCCAGCGUCAGUUUCCACAGCUUUGAGCUGAGCUUGGCCGGGAAGUGCAACAGAAAUAGGAUGCUGCAGUAGCAUAUGAUACUCGUUCCCCAAAUCGAAUUUAUAGGUUCGUUUUUACCUAUGCAUGAUCUUAUUUCCAAGGGAGAAUCAAAUUAUUCUGCAUUGAGCUGUAGGCAAAUAGGAGGGUUGAUAAUCUUGCAAUGAGGUUAAAUUCAUUCUUUGAAACUCCUGAGUUUUGUAUUCAUUCAUUGUUUAUUGUGAACAAUAAAUGAUGACAAAUGUU